CCCCCUUCCUAAACCAGCUGUUCCCUCCUCCCUCCUCCCUCUCCUCCUCCUUCAGCUCUAGAGGGUGGAGUCACAGUGGGCAAGGAACCACGGGUGGGUCUCCUGGUCCCCAGAGGAGCCUGGCCAGUGGAAUGGGGACUCUCUGGAGCCAGGAGAGGACUCCAGAGGAGGGACUGUCCACUGAGCCCAGCAGGUGGCCAGCCCUGGUCAGGCGGGGGCUGCUGGUGGUCCUGCUCUCUGCCCUCAUCCUGGGGUCCGCCUGGCAUCUGUUCUACAUCUUCAACAGCUGUGGCCCACGCUCCUGUCAGACACCUGCAUGCUGGGACCUCCGUGCUCGAUAUCUGGCCUCCUGGAACACCAGCAUGCCCCCCUGUUCCAACUUCUUCAGCUUUGCCUGUGGAAAGGCCAAGACAACUGGUGACCCUUUCCAGACCUUGGCCAAAGAGAACAAAGACCGACUGCGGAGAAUUCUGGAGACUCCAAGUUCCUGGCCCCCAGAUUCUGCAGAAGAGAAAGCCUUCAAAUUCUACAACUCCUGUAUGGACACACACGCUAUUGAGGCUGCUGGAGCUGGUCCCAUCAGAAAAGUUAUCGAGGAGCUUGGAGGCUGGAGUAUUUCUGGCAACUGGACUUCCUUUGAUUUCAAUCGAACUCUAAGACUUCUGAUGAGUCAAUACAACCACUUCCCGUUCUUCAGAGCCUACCUAAGACAGCAUCCCAGUCUUCCACACACACCCAUCAUCCAGAUAGACCAGCCAGAGUUUGACAUUCCCCACAAGAAAGACCAGGAGCAGAAGAUCUACACCCAGAUCCUACGGGAUUACCUGACCUACCUGAACCAGCUGGGGACUUUGCUGGGAGGAGACCCCAGUAAGGUGCAAGAACAUGCCUUCUUGUCCAUCUCCCUCACUUCGAGGCUAUUCCAGUUCCUACAGCCUCUGGAACAACAACAGGCCCAGGAGAAACACUUCGAGGUGUUGACUGUGGAUCAGCUGCAGGAAGUAGCUCCGGCUAUUGAUUGGUUAUCUUGCCUGCAAGCAACAUUCACACCCAUGUCCCUGAGCCCCUCCCAGCCCCUGUUUGUCUAUGACCUGGAAUAUUUGAAGAACAUGUCACAGUUGGUGGAAGAGCAGAUGUCAGAUAACAGGGACUUUCUACAGAGCUACAUGAUCUUGGGACUGGUGGGAACCCUGACUCCAGCCCUGGACAGUCAAUUCCGGGAGGCCCGCAGGAUGCUGAACCACAAACUGCAGAAUUUGACAGAUUGGACACCUGUGCCCUCCCGACCUCGGUGGAUGGAGUGCUUGGAGAAGACAGAAACCUUCUUCAAGUCUACCUUGGCAGCCUUGUUCAUCCAUGAGGCCUUCAGUCCUGGAACCCAAAGUUCUGCCAUGGAGUUAUUCACAGCCAUCAAGGAUGCCCUCAUCACUCACGUCAGAAGGCUUUCCUGGAUGGAUGAGGAGACCCGGAAAGAGGCCCAGGACAGGGUCUCCCAACUGCAGGUGAAGAUGGGGGCCCCAGAAUGGGUCCUGAAGCCAGAAUUGGUCAGACAGGAAUAUGAGGAUAUACAGCUAGGACCCAGCUUCCUGCAGUCUGCCCUGAGCUGCAUCCGCUCCCUCCGAGCUAAAACAAUCCGGAACUAUGUGCAGCCUUCCACCCACCACAGAUGGCAGGUGUCCCCCUGGGAGGCCAAUGCUUACUAUUCAAUUUUGGAAAAUGUGGUGGUCUUCCCAGCUGGACUCCUCCAGCCUCCAUUCUUUCACCUCAGCUACCCCAGAGCUGUGAACUUUGGAGCUGCGGGCAGCAUUAUGGCACAUGAGCUGUUGCACGCCUUUCACCAGCUCUGUGGUGCUUCCUGGGGCUUGCCCCGCCUGUUACUCUCUUGGCCUAGAGGAGGCGCUGCUGUGCCUGGGACGUCUCUAUGCCGCCUUUCCAUUGCCCAAGGGAACCCGCUUCAAUGCCACACUCACAGUCCUAGAAGAUGCUGCAGACAUGGGAGGCGUAGCCAUUGCGCAGCAGGCCUACAGGAAGAAGCUCUUGGAGCACAAAGGGGAGACCAAGCUGCCCCAGUUGGACCUCAGCCCCCAACAGCUCUUUUUCCUGAGUUAUGCCCAGGUGCUGUGCAGGAUGUCUACCAUCCGGGAUCCACGGAACAGCCACAGCCCUCCCAGCCUCCGAGUCCAUGGCCCCCUCAGCAACCUCCCAGAAUUUGCCAAAUAUUUCGGCUGCCCACAGGGUACCCUCAUGAACCCCCAGCACCGCUGCCAACUCUGGUAGCUUGGCCACUCUGGAAAUGAGCCAUCCUCAGCAUCUCUAUGACCUAUGUUGGGGAGAAGGGAAGGACCAAGAUGUUUUUCCCUUUUCCCUUCUAUUCUGAAAAUAAAGUUGGAAUCAGG